AUGGCAUUAAUUUCUAUAUUUGGAAUAAUCGGUGCAAUAUUUGUAACGUCCAAAAGAAUUAAAUUAUUGGAAUCUAUAUUGCGAGGAGCCGUGACGGCAAACAUAAUCAUAGCAUUUCUUGUUAUUACUAAUAUGAUACGUGCAAAACAAGAGGCAAUUGAUUUAUGCAUCCAAAAAGAUCCAUCAUUUUUAAUGGAUGAAGGUCAGAGACAAAUUCAAAAUGCGACCGAAUCAUUUGAAAAUUCAGUCGUUAAUAAACUUUCUAAUGCGACAUCAAAUGAUAAUACGAAUGAAAGUUUGUCGAAUUAUUGUAGACAUCAUGAGAUUGUCAGGAUUUGGUUGAGAUCCAUUGGUUUAAUAUUAUCCGCUCUUUUUGUGCUUAAUUUUCCACCCAAGCUAGUCGAACGCAACGUUGCUGGUGAUUCGACAGAUAAACUUGAUACUCCUUCUAUGACUUGA